AUGGACAAUGAGUUGCUUCAUAAAUGCAUAUUGUUUUUGCUACUAUAUGAAUUGUUGAGACUCCUUACCCUAAUUCAUCACUUACCUUUAAGGAUCGGGGGUGAAAGUGGCUCAGCAUAUAUAACAAGGUUGUUAACGGUUCAUCCUGGUUUGUUUAAAGAGCAGCUAAGAUUAGAUAGGGAUAUGUUUGUGCAACUAGUCCAAUUGAUGAUAGAAAAAAAUUUAUUAUCGGACGGAAGGUUUGUAAAAGUGGUUGAACAAGUAGGAAUUGGUCUAUUUAUAUUGGCAAGAGGGGCAUCUCAACGCCAAGAUGCUGACACAUUUAAGCACUCAAUAUCCACAAUUAGCAAAUAUUUCAGAAGGGUGUUGCAAGCAUUGACAAGAUUGUCAUGUGAUUUAAUUCGUCCUUAUCAAGAUUUGGCCAAUACACCACCAGAAGUACAAGAAAACUCAUUAUAUUGGCCUUUUUUAAAGGAUUGUGUUGGUGCUUUAGAUGGAACUCAUAUUAGUGCAGUUGUUUCCGAUGGUGAUGGUCACCCGUUUCGAGGAUGUAAAGGAACUAAAACUUGGAAUGUACUAGCCUCAUGCUCUUUUAAUAGGUUAUUCACGUUUGUCAAUGUUGGAUAUCAAGGAAGUGCUCGUGAUAUAACGGUGUGGAGAAAUUGCUUAACUGAUCCUAAAUUUGAAUUUCCACACCCUCCUCUAGGGAUACCAAUUUCAGAAAGAUGUGCAAAUGUUGAGCCUAGAGUGGAAUACUCCAUAUUUGAUGAGGGUAGGAAAGCUCAGAUGGAUAUAGUGCAAAAUCAGAUAGCAGAACAUAUUUGGCAAUCAGUUAGGGACAUCGAGGAAGAAGAUCAUCAUAUGGACGUUGAAUAA